UCGGUCAUUACCUGUCAAAAGAAAAGUUGGCAACAUUACUGAUGUUUGUGUUAACAGCUCACUUACAGAUUUACCAUCAUGUCUGGAGCUAAAUUUCAAUAUGAUGAAAGUGGUACAUUUUUCUAUUUUAUGCUUUCAUUUGAAGCAUUAGUUAUCAUUCCUUGCACAUAUUAUUUCUAUCCACGUAACACUGAACGUCGAGAAAAGAGGGAUACCACUGUUUGCCAUUGUGACAACUGUCACAUUAAAAAUAGUAGACUUCGUGCCCAUGAACCUUAUCGAAAAGCCAAAGAAAGGUUUAUAAAACUUUUAUUAUUUAUUGGAUGGGUCCUGUUGUUUCUAACUGCUUAUAAAGUUGCUCAUUUACAACAUGAUUAUGUUGCAUAUGACCCUUUUGAAAUUCUUCAGAUUCCACCCGAUUCCUCUAUGGGUGAAAUUAAAAAAGCUUACCGUAGACUGAGUUUAGUUUAUCAUCCUGACAAAGAAACUGGAGAUGAAAAGCAAUUUAUGAUGAUUGCUAAAGCUUAUGCCGCGUUAACAGAUGAUGAAGCUCGGAAAAAUUUUGAAAUGUAUGGCAACCCUGAUGGUCCUGGUGCUACAUCUUUUGGAAUUGCUCUUCCUUCUUGGAUUAUCGAAAAACAAAAUUCUGUUUGGGUCCUAGGUUUAUAUGCCUUAGUAUUUAUGGUUGCUCUUCCUGUCGCUGUUUGUAUUUGGUGGAAUCGAAGUGUUAAGUACAAUGGGGAUGAAGUUUUACUUGAUACUACAGAGCUGUAUUUAUUUUUUAUAUAUAAAACUCCUUCGAUGAUAUUUAAGAGAGUUCUUAUGGUUAUUGCUGCAUCAAUGGAGUUUCGUAAAACUUAUAACUCUGAAAUCAUUGAAAGACCUAGUGACAAUGUAGAAGUACCUCAGUUGAUCAAAGAAAUUCCGAAUCUGGGAGAAAAGAACAAAGAAAAACCAUUGUGUUUUGUCUAUAGUAUAAAAGCAAGAGCUCUUCUCCAUGCACAUUUAGCAAGAUUGAAACUGCCUAAAAAUACGCUUGAUGAAGAUCGCCUUUACAUUGUGAAGAAAACUCCAAAUCUUAUCUAUGAAUUUGUAAAUUGUGCUUCUCAGUUGACAAUGCUCGCCUUAGCUGGAAGAAUAUCUCGUAUGCCACAUCUUGAAACUAUGGAAAAUGCAAUGAAGUUGUGUGCAUGCGUUGUACAAGCUUUGGGUCCAACUAAAAAUCCUUUACUCCAACUUCCUCACAUAUCUGAAGAAAUACUUCAUCAUUUCACUACUAGAAAGCGCAAUAUUCGGAACAUUAGAAGCUUAGCCUGUAUGAAAUCUGAUGAUAGAAGGGCCAUGUUACGAAGCUUAAAUGAUGAUCAAUAUGAUGAUGUAUUAAAUGUUAUUUCUAAUAUGCCUAUAAUUGAUGUAGAUGUUAAAUCAGAAGUUUUAGAUGAUGAAGAUUCCUGUGUGAUAACAGCUGGUGCUAUUGUAACAGUUACUGCCUCUCUUAAUCGACGCAACAUGUCUUCAUUAUUUGAUAAAGAAAUGGAUGAAGAAACUACGAAUACAGUUGAAGAAAAACCAUCUAGUACAGUUAAUGGAAAUGGUUCUCCUAAACCAGCAAAGCCAAAAGUUUGGGAAAAAGCUGGAAAGAAGAAAAAAGGAAAAGGUGGGAAUAAACUAAAGAAAAAAUCCUCUAAUGCUGUUUCUAAAGCUUCAGUUCCAGCUAAAAAACAACAGGUGAAUGGUUCUCUGCCCAAUUCUAAGCCUGAAGAAAAAGUUAAUGCAAAAGCAUCAGAUGAAAGUGGUGGAGAAAGUGACUCCGAAUCAGACCAUAACAGUGCAAAUUCAGUAUCAGGUGAUGAAAAUGAACCUAGCGUUGAGAAAACUGAAAAAGAAGAUAAAGAUGUAGAGGAUAAAGAAUGGGAUAUUUAUGAAAAAAGACUAUCUAAAAAAGAAGUUUUAGAAUCUAAGUCUAAAAAGUCUCAUAGUGUCCAUUGUCCUUUCUUUCCUGAUAAUAAACAAGAGUUUUGGUGGGUCUAUGUAUCUGAUAAAAAGAAACACUCUCUUAUCACAGCUCCUUACUUGGUUACAAAUUUAGUUUCUAAAGAAAAGAUUGAAUUGAAAUUCACGGCCCCACCUCGCCCUGGUAUCUACACAUAUUCAGUAAUUGUUCGAAGUGACUCUUAUCUCGAUUGUGAUGUUCUGAAAACAAUUAAGUUAGAUGUGAAGGAAGCAAAGGAAGUAGACUUGACUAAAUUACAAUGGGACGUCUCCGAGGAAGAGGAAGAAAAGGAUGAAGAAGAAAGUGCUGUUGAGGAUUCUGACUUAGCAUCAGACAUUGAGUCUGAUGAAGACUGAACUGUGGGGAACUAUAUAUAAUAUGGUGGUUAAAAAAGACAGCUUUAACUUUAUUGUGCAAGCGCUGGAAGCUUUUGAAUGAAUUAUAUUAUGAGAGAAAUGUCAAAAAUGAGGAAGAAAAAGUUUUAACAUUUGAUCAAUUUUUGAUUGCAAUCUUUUUGUGUGGAUUUCUCAAAGAUGUUUAUAUAAGCUCUCUUCAAGAUGAAUUUUUUAUUGAAAUAAUGUCAAAAUUGCAUGUCCUUCCAAAGUUUAUAAAUUUUGUAAUUGUAUGGGAAUAAAAAUUUUCUAUAUUUUUAAUCGAUAGCUGGUAAAGGCAACUUAAAACAAAUAUAUUAGCAAAAAUAUAUAUAUAUAUAUUGUUUUCUAUUAUUUAUAUACUCACUGUUAUAUUAUCUCUAAAUUGCAUCAAUAAGUAUUUAAAACGUGUUAAAAGGUUUGUUUUUCUUUUCUUUUUUAAAAAAAAAAGAGUAAAUUUAUUUUUUGAAAUUUAAUCUUCAAUCAUAUUCCUUUUGUAUGAGUUCUCAUAUUGGUUUAAUUGUUAAAAAAAAGUUUCAUAAAUUCUCAUCAAAUGAAAAUUAUUCUCAUGUGUGCUGAUUUUAUUUCUUUGCUAUAAGUUGUACAUAUAUUUAACCUAUUAUAUUAUCUUCAGCAAUUGCUGAAUUUAAGAAAAUAUUUUUAAAAAUGCUUAGUUUGUAAUUAUUUUUAACUGCUUAAAAUUUUUGUAAUAUCUCCCAUCCUAAGUUUAAAGCAAACUAAUAUUUGUUUCAAAUCUAUAGUAAAUCUACGGAAAAGGAUUUCAAAUAUAUUUUGUAAAAGUUAAGUGUACAAAAACUUAAAAUAUAGUAUUAUAUUUUUGUGAAAUGAGUGUCUUAUUGAUUGAAUGUUAAAUAUAUAGUUACCUGAAAAAUUUAUUCUGAACUUCAGUUCAUUGUAUUAAAGUUAUUUGAUAAUUUCUAGUGAAAUAUAAAUUUCUAGUAUAUACAUGCUUUCAAAAGUUUUAUAUGGGGAAGUACCUUUUUGUAAUUUUCUAUACAAUAAAAUAAUGAUUAGCUUUUCAAUUCUUUAGUAAAUUUAAACUUAAUUUGAAUUUUACGGACAUAAUUUUUAAUAUAUUGGCCAAAUAUUGUAAGAAAAUAUGUAAGUAUAGUAAAUAAGUUUGUCUUAUAUUGGGCAUUUGAGUAUUGUUUGUGACGUCUUAUUUAUUUAUCUCUUAAAAGUUUUAAAUAAGUCAACUGAUAAAAAAAAAUAAAACAAAUGCUGGUUGUGAACAAAUAAAAUUUUCUAUGUUUUGCGUAAGUGGAUGCAGUUUUUUUUUUUAUUUUAUUAUUAUUGUUUUAAUUUUGUUUAAACCUUAAAAUACUUCUUUAAUUAAAGUUUUAUAUUUACAUGCUUGAAGAUUUUUUUUUGUAUUGAUUUUAAAUUGAAUAAUAUGAUUCUGCUGAGUAAUGAGUGACUGUUGGGAUAUUUAGUUUCUAUUAGUUAUUGAUUCCAUUUUCAUUUUGAAAUUCUGAGUGUUCCACAAUAACUGCCCUUAAAAUUUGUUUUUAAAUUUCUUGUCAAAAAAUGAUAUCAAGAAAGUAUACUCAUUAGGGGUUGCACAAUUAAUAUUUAAGCAAAGAAGAGAAAGAUAGAAUGAAAACCAUCGUCGAAACCUGUUGGAGUGUCUGAUUAAACAUAGAGGUGUUUCAAAUAAUUGCUUUUCUGCUUCCUCUAGCAAUCACCCAAGCUUUGAUGUGUUCCGUCCUUCUUUUCUUAGUAAUGAUUCAGACUUCGAUAACAUUUGUAUUUUUCUUGGUUUAAUAAUAUUUGUGACCCCUAAUGUCUAUACUUUAUAAACAAGGAUUCUAGAAUUAUAACUUAAGGGUAGUCAUAAUGAAACACUUUGUAUAUCGUGAUGUUUUUUUUAAUAAAAAUGCAAAUUUAAGCUUUA